AUGAAUGUACAGGUAUUACAAGAACUCAAUACCACAGCAACCUGGCUGGAACAAAGACAUUAUUGUCUGGUGCUGGAAAGAAGCAGAGAGACUGAAGUUAAAAUCGGAAGAUUAUACUGGCGUGCUUUUGUUUUUGAUGAAAUGAAAAUCCAGGUAAAAUGUUAUUUGUUAUCAAUUGUUUCACUGUUUUACUCAUAUCACUUACUUCCUAUCCCAACUAUGUGCUAUUUCCUCAUCCAAUAUUCAUUAUUCUAAAUUUAACCUGCAUUUUUUUCGUAGGAAGAUCUUCAGAUGAAAACGAGUGAUGGCAAUUAUCAGCUAGUUGGAAUGAUAGAGCUGGGGCAAUUUCAUAACAAUGUGAAACAAAUCGAUACAGGUAUUUAAUUAACAGCAUGAUAAUCAUCGCAUGAAUUAGAUUGUUUAGAUAAUAAAACAGUCUAUAGAAGAAAUGUCCUUUUUAUGUUGUAGGAUCACAAGCUGCACAAAUCGCCACACACAUUCUGCAAUUUAUAUUCCUGAGUGACUGUGGAUUCAG